AGCUGCCGCUCAGUUUUGAUUCUGUUCGCUCUCGGUUCGGUACAAAGAGUUCUGAAUGAUUUAUGUGCAUGUUUGCUUGGAGUUGUGACUGCUAAUAUCAGUGGCGUGGAAAUAAUACUGUUGACGGUGAUUUCUGCUGUAACCUGAGCGUGUCACCAUGUCUGACGACGAGGAGAUCACCUACGUAAAAAGGCAGAAGAUCGUUCACUAUGGAAGCUUGGAAGAGAAAGAGAGGCAGAGAUUGGCAGAUCAGGAUGCUGCUGAUGAAGGAAGCGAUGAUGAACCCAUCAGCAUGGAUCUCAGGGCUGCCAUUGCUUCGGGCAAUAUCAACAUAUCAGAUGAGUACAUGGAAAUGGAAGAGGAAGUGGUCAGCAAGGACAAACAGCAGCUUCUAGAAGAAUUUGAGAGAAGAAAAAAGGCCCGUCAAAUCAAUGUUUCUACGGAUGACACACAAGUGAAGGCCACACUGAGGGAACUUGGAGAACCCAUAUGUCUGUUUGGCGAGGGUCCGGCGGAGAGACGAGAGCGUCUCCGUCACCUGCUGGCUCAGAUCGGUCAGGACGCCAUUAGACGGAAGCAGGAGGAAGAGCUGCAGCGGGAGCGCGAGGCAAGACGGGAAGCGGCAGAAACCACCUGGUACCACGAGAGCACUCAAGAACUGCGCAAGUGUCGUGUCUGGAUAGCUCGGUACUCGUUGCCCCGAGCACGGGUGCGCAUUGCCAAGUCGAGAGAGGAGCCUCAGGGUGCACUUUCAGACUCGCAGAUACAUGCAAAGAGACAGGAGCUCUAUAAAACUCUCAGGUCCGUGAACAUCAGCUGCAGUCAGAUCGGGGACACACGGCCAAUCUCAUUCUGCGAAUUCAGUCCCAACUCACAAAUGCUGGCGACGGCAUCAUGGAGCGGCCUCUGUAAGCUAUGGUCCAUACCGGACUGCCAGCAUAUAAGGACACUAAGAGGUCACAACUGUAAUGUGGGAGCCAUAGUGUUUCACCCAAGGUCAACCGGCACACUUUCAUCCAAAUCUCUCAACAUGGCAUCGUGUUCAUCAGAUGGUGUAGUCAACUUCUGGAACUUGGAGAGUGAGGAGCCCAUCAGUAGCUUGAAAGGGGCGUGUCCACACAGGGUCUCCAGGGUUGCCUUUCAUCCAUCCGGAAGGUUUCUGGCUUGUUGCGUCUUCGAUAACUCAUGGCGGCUAGUCGAUUUGGAGACAGAAAUGGAGGUUCUUCACCAAGAAGGGCACAGCAAAGCAGUUUAUGACAUCAGCUUCCAGUGUGAUGGCUCUCUUGCUGCUACAGGUGGGAUGGACGCAUUUGGUCGAAUAUGGGACCUCCGCACAGGACGUUGCAUAAUGUUCCUCGACGGUCACCUCAAGUCCGUCCUCAGUCUUUCGUUCUCUCCAAACGGGUACGAAUUGGCCACCGGAAGUGAGGAUAAUACGAUCAAGGUGUGGGACUUGAGGCAGAGAAAGUGCGAGUACACUAUUCCAGCACACACCAACCUGGUGUCGAGGGUAAUCUUUGAAAAGAAGACCGGAGAGUAUCUCGUAACGACGUCCUAUGACAACACAAUAAAGAUUUGGUCCAACCCCGAAUGGACUCCCAUCCGUAACCUCAGUGGCCACGACGGAAGGAUAAUGGGAGCCGACAUUUCCCACAACGGCAAGUACCUGGCCACAUCGUCUUUCGACCGGACGUUCAAGCUCUGGAUGCCAGAGUGAUUCUUUGUAAAUAAAGUCACCAUUGUUCAUACAUA